AGUCUGGAGGGGAAGGAGGAAAAAACAACAUUGGAUACCUGACUGCGGUACGUACUUCUUUUAACCUGACUGAGUGGGAUACCUGCAGCAGACACAGACUGGGAAGGCAGAGAGACAUGGAGCGAAAGAUACGUAUCUCUCAAGGCCUUUCCUUCCUUGCGUUCUGGGCAUUCUUGCCCUGAUCCCGGUCAGAAGAGGAGGUACGUAGGUACAAGCAUGGUGAGGUCAGGCAAGGAAGGGAAGGAGCGAACUGCUACCAUGUGCAAGGUGCGAUGGAUGGGAGGAUGGAAGGAAGGAGGAAGGCCAGGUCUACUUGCCUUAUUUUCUCUCCUUCCGUGCGUGUAAUACCACAGUGAAUUGCUGCAUCUGAUGGUGGAGGGAAGGAGGGAGCCAUUGUCUAUCAACAACUCUAGUCAAGUCAGUCGAGAAUGGCAGGACCAAGGUUGGAAGGCGAGGAUGACAAAGAGCAGGAACGGAGGAGGGGACUUUUUGCUGGUUUGGUCAUUUUUUGCUGCACCUCAGUUGGGAGUCAUUGUUGCACACUUUUCCCUCACUCCCCAGCCAAGCCCCACGAUGCCGGUAGACACCUCAGAUACUCCAACUCUACCGUUCACCUACGGAUGCACACAAUCAAUCAUCAGGGCAUUUGCAAUUUUCUCCGGACAUCGCCUGCGGAUACGCUUUCGCUUCUCUUGCCUCUUGCUCUGCCCUCCGAGACGCACGGAAACUGCUGCACCAGGGCGCCUCUGUCGUUUCGUGGUAUUCUUUCUUUUCUGUCUUUGUCUCUCUUUCCUUACUCUCUCGGCACGGCCAACCCCCGUCUCUUUCAAAGUCACUUCCCAGGGCAAGAGAAGAAAAGAAGGGCUUAUGAGUCCGCCUUUCGGUUCUCUUUACCAUGGCCAACAAGCAUACCCAACUACAGCGACCCGCUCUACGCCAGAUGCAGCUUAACCUCUCAUCCUCUUGGUCUGUGUGCCGCCGUCGACUAAGCCCAAGGCCCCAGGCUCAUUGUGGAGGAGGAGAGUGGAGGAGUUCUCUCAAGCGCCUCCAUGCCUUUCUCUCUGCCUCUCUGCCUCCGCCUCUGCUGCUGGGUCGAUGGGUU